UGCAGCUUGGAUUUUUGAGGAUAAAAAAAUGGUGUCAACAUUUUUAUUGAAUUAAACGAGAAAUUGUGAUUGUUACUUUCAUAAUAUUUGCAGUUUAAGAUAUAUUUGCGUAAAAAGUAAAGAUUUGGAGAAGUUUUAAACAAUGCUUGCCUCCAAAUUACCACUUAAGACAAUAGCUGCAGAGGCGCGUAAGGAGUCCAUUUCACCAGUUAAUGACAACAUGGCUUGGAAACGUUGGUGUCGAUUAUGCGCUAAGGAAGAUGAUGAAAGUCAUUUGUGUGUUUUUCCAGAAAUAAAUGAGCCUGGGAAAUUGGUGGACAGCAGUUUGGCUACAACAAUCGGAAAAUUUUUCUGGGUUAAUAUUAGACCAAAUGAUGGACUAUCGAAUUAUGUUUGUAUUGAAUGUCACACAUUAGUAUCGUCAUUGACGCAAUUUACAGAACGCGUUAACAAAGUGCAGGCCAUGUUCUGCGCAUUACAAAACACUGACCCGGAUAGCACAAUGAACCUGAAUGAAGUUAAGCUGCAAUACGGUUUACUUGAUAUGGAGUUUAAUCAUAUUAUAAAGCAUGAGCGAAACAUUACGAAGGAAGUCAGUAGUGAGAAACAAUCGAGUGAUGAAGACGAAUUCGAACUGGUUGAUGAAGAUAAUAAAGAAGAAUUUUUUGAGUUACGCGAAAAUAGAGAACGUAAAUCGGGUGAAAACUUUUCCGUUGAACUUGUUAAGCGCGGAAUUAAAAGAAAACGACAAGACGUUGAGCCUGAUGAAGAUGGAGAUAAUGAUGGCCACAAUAUAAUAUCGUUCGGUGCAUUGUUGGGUGAAUCCGAAGAUGAUACAGAAGAGCAUUUUAUUAUCGAAAAUAUGGGAACGGAAGAAGAGGAGCUUGAUGAUGAGGAGCUACUACGACAAUUAAGAGGAGAUGAUGACGAAGAAGACGAAACUGAGCAGUUGCAAAAUUCAAAAAGAGAAGAACUAGAAAAAACUUUGAAAAGUAAAAAAACUGACGAAAUUUCUGAAAAUCUUAAUGAACAAGAAGAAGAAAUCGAACAAAAUGUUGAUUCUGAGGAUGGUGUUGGUGGUGGUGAGAAAUCAGCUCAAGUAAAUAAAAUUGAUUCAAGUAGUCGGGUGCGUAAGAAACGACGAGGACGUCAACCGAAAUAUGAAGUAAGUGCGGAACGUGCAAAAGACGAAGCAGAGUCUACCGAUACAAAUGAUAAUUCCCAAACAUCCACAUCCUACAAGUAUGAGUGUAGCAUAUGUCAAAAGAAAUACAAAAAUGCAACUUCCUAUCGCAAACAUAUUAUGGAAAAACAUAACAAGGAGCCAGACAUACCAGAUUUCAAAUGUGAAACCUGCAAUAAAAUAUAUCCCACAGAACGUCAAUUGCAAAUACAUGCGCGCUCACAUCUCGCGCUCGAGGACAAACUCGAUAUACCGUGUCCAUAUUGUGAACGUAAAUUCACCAAAGUGGCCGUGAUGCGUCAACAUGUGCAAGGAUUUCAUGAAAACAAGAAACCUUUCAUUUGUGACGAAUGUGGGCGUUCACUAAGAACGCUAGCAGCGUUAACUGAACACAAAUUAGUGCAUACCAAUGAUGCACCAUUCGAAUGUGAAGUGUGCCAGAGAGCUUUCAAGAAUAAAGCGCGAUUAAAGGUACAUUUAGAGACACACAAUGACUCCUCAUAUAUCUGCACAGAGUGUGGCCUUAAGUUGAACACACGACGUACAUUAAAAAUGCACAUGCUCGUGCAUUCGGAUGCGAAACGUUACAAGUGUGAUUUCUGUCCCGCAGCAUUUAAACGCACUAAAGCGUUGAAAAAUCACUUAAUUUUACACACAGGCAUGCGACCGUACAAGUGUAAUUUUUGUGAGAAAACCUUUUCGAAUGGCUCCAAUUGUCGUUCGCACAAAAAGAAAAUGCAUGCACAGGAGUUGGCUGAGGAAGAGGCAAUGGGCAAAAAAGCCGAAGCUGUAACGGUGCCCAAAUUAGAAGAGCUCCGUUCAAGUACCAAUGUUGUUGGUAAUCCGCGUAGGGUGCAGCGACAUCAAGGCGGUUUGCCGUUACACAUGCGACAAUUGUUAAUCGCUGCCGAGGAGCGCGCAAAACGUGAACAAACCACGCAGCAGACGAAUGGCACACAAUCAAGUGCUGGUGCUGAAAUGAAUGAGGAAGAAACCCAAGCACAUUCAACGGCUUCUACGUCGCAACAUGAAGAUGACGACGAGUCGGAGUUUAUUGAAUUGAACGAGGACUUGCUGCGUGAUGACGAUGAUGAUGACGAUGAGGAUGAUAAAGAAAUGAUUGUAUAUGAAAUAAUUGCUGAAAUAUAAGUGUCGCAUACGAACACAAGAUAGGCUGAUUGCGCACCUUAGUGUAUUUUACCUUAUAAUGCGUAACAAUUACUUUUGAAAUGCAAAAACA